ACUCUCUUUAGAUUAAUCGUGCUCGUUUGUUCCAAAAGGUAAGAGAAAAAUAUAUAUCGGCAAAUAGGAGAACCAAUGAGAUCUUCCAAGUUCCAAGGAGGUUCAAUAUUUGGAACAUACACUUACUGUUCUUUGUUCAUGUUUGUUGCAUUUUGUCAGCUUCUUUUUCUGAUGGGACUGAAUCGAAAUCUAACAGGAGAAAUGCAGCAAAACCUGCAUUGCAAAGAACUGCAACAUUGUCCACAUUAGCUACGGAAAGUACUAUGGGAUAGGCAGGGCCGUGUCUGACAUUUGGCGGACUAGAAGCGAGAAUUAAACUAUAUUUCAUCAGUUGUCCGCAUUAGCUACGGAAAGUACACUUGUGUUGAUCUCAAAGGUCAUAAUGUGUUUAUUUGAUCAUAGAUCAUAAAUACGUGAUAUAUACAAGUUGUAAGAGAACUAAAAUCGUGAGCAUAAACCCUCACCAGACCAAGCUCGCCUCCGCGUCUCCCACAUCAAGCUGUAAACCGUUCAGUAUCAUCCCUCCUCUAACGUGUCCUCGCCCUCCUUUUGGUCAGAAACCCUAGCUCGAUUCCAACAUAUUAGAAAAAAAACAAUAAUGGAGGAUUUAAACUUUCCGAUCUGCAUACUGAAAAUGGAUCUCCAGUGUUGCGAAGACUUCGCUUCCAGAGUGAAGAAGCGUCUUCGUAAAGUAAAAGGAGUUUACGCUAUUACCAUAGUCCCGACCAAGGGUCUCAUCUUGGUCUCCGGCACAGCAGAACCUCAGGUACUUAUCACAGCCGUCCAAAAAAUCGGGCAAACCCCCAAACUCUACGCCUACGAGAAGGACCCAGCCAAGGCUAAGACCCAGUUCGCCGCCUUGCUCAAGCGUUACGCUAAUAAGGAGGAGCAUAGAGACGAGCCGACACCACCCGCAACUUGCCCGUUACCACCAGUUAGGGGUUUCGGGCAUCCGGUACGGCCGAUGAUGCCGAUGUUUUCGUUGCCGCGGACGGUGGGUCCGCCCGGAUGGUUGGCACCGGGGGCACUGAUGGUAAGGUGCGAGGCGCCGAAGGUUAUGCCAAGGAAGGAGCCGGCGAAGUAUCCGUUGGAUUACUACGAUAAGAAGGGUUUCCCUGCACACGACUCUCCUUUCCGUUAUUUCAGCGAUGAUCACGCGCAACCUUGCUCGAUCAUGUGAUUUCAUUUCUUUCUUUCUUUUUUUUUGUUUUUAAUAGGUGUUUUGAUCAUUUAUGCUCUUUUUUUGCUGCAUUGUUUGGUCAUUGAAUACUAAAAUAUAAUUUGCUAAACACUCUUUGAUAAGAUAUUGCGAUUAAUAAGAACAGAUAUUUCCAGAGGAUUUGGCUUUUGUUUGAUAUCAAUAACAGCAAACAAAACUAGAGAAUGAUUAGCUGUUGUGAAUAAUACUCUGUUUGGAUUAAUCGUGUUGGUUCCAUAAGGUAACAGAAAUGACGUUGAUACAUGACUUUAUUCUAUUUUUAAGUCUGGUACAUGACUACAUAAGAGAGGAAGAUAUCGAGAAAAAAGGAGGACCAGUGAGAUCUUCCAAGUUCCAAGGAGUCUCAAUCAUUGGUUAACAAUCACGAACCAGAAACUUCAUUUUCGAGAGAAAGAUGGUUUACGGUGGUGCUUUGUCACGUUUUGCUUUCGGCUUAGCCACCUUCUUCCUCUUCACAUUCGUUCACAGCAAGGUUAUAAGAAUAUCCUUAUUGUUCACUGUGUAAAAAUGAAGCAAUAAGAAACAAGAUGGUGGGUUAAGGUCUCAAGACAAUGGAGAUACCACUACAAGGGACAAACAUGCAUGGUUGGUUAAGGUCUCAAGACAAUGGAGAUGCCACUACAAGGGACAAGCAUGCAUGGUGGGUUAAGGUCUCAAAACAAUGGGUUAUUAGUUUAUCAUAUCUCAUCUACCAUUUACCAUACUUGUAACCACUAUAUAUAUGAGAUGUUCUCAUAAGCAAAUCAAUCAAGUGAAUAAGAUUAUCUUUCUUUACUCUC